GACUGCUAAAUACACUGAGUUUACCAUGACCACUUUUCCCUGACUUCCCUGUAUGCAAUGAAUUCAAUCAGGCAGGUAUCAAAACCUCUUAUCAGAGCACUUCCCCAGGAAACUCGUCAUGCUUCUGUGAACACAGGGCACCUGCCAAUAAGGUAAACCCAUUUUCAGAUUUAACUUUGGGAUAUUAUGUAUAAAAAGUAAGAGUACACAUCAAUUAGCAGCAGAGCUGGCCUGGCCUACCAUCCAAAUGAAGUUCCCUAUUGUGAUUGCUUCUCUUCUUGGAGUUUUCCUGGCUCCUGCUCUUGCCAACCAUAACAUGGAGAACAACUUUAACAGUGAAAACUCAAACCACCCUGAGAUGAGGGUCAGCACCAACCCAAAGGAUGGGUCUGAGGCCUGGAAAACCGUCUGGGACUUCAAGACUGGCUACGUUGCAACCAAGGUGUUUUCAAAGAACACUUGCAUAAUUGCUACAACCAGAAAGAGGUUUUGGCUUGGCAAACACUUUCCUACACCAGCUCAAGGAGACAAGAGACCUGGGCCUUAUGAAUUGCAACCCAGAGAGAAUCGCUUCAUUAUCUCCCGGAACAGACUCCAAAGCUUGAGCCCGUAUGGAAAACGCAUCCAAGCCCUGUGCAGAGGAAUUCCCUCCUACCUUGCUUACCCAGCUCCUGGAUCAAACUUUUUAAGAUGAUCAAAAUUCUCAUCAGGAUCAAACUUCUUAGAGUGAGAUAUUUCAUGAUUGACAAUUAAGAUUAAUGAACUGCCUGUUUAUCACUGUGGUUACUCCUGACAAAGUUUGCAGAACAAAAUUCAUACAACUGUGUACCCAUAAGUAAGAUUUUUCUCCUUGAUAAUCUUAUCUUGAUCAUAUUUUCAAUCAUUUAUCUUUAUUUUGCUUUGUGUGGAAGCUGCUGAGUCUCAGUAAAAUUUAUCAUCAACCUA